GGCCUGGCUGUGUUGCCAAGAGUCGAUAACAUCAAGCUUCUCCCUGAUAUUAUUGGCUCCUGGCAACACAACACCAACCUUUUGUCUCACAGGAGAAGUAAGGAAAACAUAGGCGUGAAUUAGACAGGCUGGAGCCCUUGUUUGUAGAAUGGAUUCAAUCUUUUCUGUAAUGGGAUCCUACGUUAUCCGGGAUGUCAAAAGUCUGCUGCUCUUCACAGCAGUUUUCAUCCUCAUUGCAGAUUAUAUUAAGAACCGUCGGCCGGCCAGCUACCCUCCAGGACCCUGGGAAUUUCCUACUGUGGGCAACAUAUUCACUGUGGACCACAACAGGGCCCAUGAGAGUCUGACACAGUUAGCAGGGAAAUAUGGAGAUGUGUACAGCCUGCGAAUGGGCCAGACGUGGAUGGUGGUGUUAAACGGAUUCCAGGUUCUGAAAGAAGCUCUGGUAAAUCAGGGAGACAGCCUGGUGGACCGCCCAGACCUCCCUCUGCAACAGGACAUAACCCAUGGACUAGGUGUAAUUUUCAGUAGUGGUAACACAUGGAAGCAGCAGAGGCAUUUUGCACUUUCAACCCUCAGAUAUUUUGGAUUUGGCAAGAAGUCACUUGAACCUCUCAUCUUUGAUGAAUUUUCACAUUGUGCAAAAGACGUCAAUAGCUAUAAAGGUAAGCCGUUCAAUCCACACCUCAUCGUCAACAAGGCUGUCUCCAACAUCAUCUCCUCCCUGGUUUUUGGUCAUCGCUUCGAGUACGGUGAUGAGAAGUUCAUAAAACUGAUGAAGUGGUUUGACAAAACUCUCCAGAUUGAAGCCUCCAUUUGGGCACAGCUUUACAACUCAUUCCCUCUGCUGAUGAGACGUUUGCCAGGGCCACAUCAGACAGUCCAGCACAUCUGGAACAAUACAAAGGACUUCAUAAGAGGAGAGCUGAAGGAGCACAAACAGCACUGGGACCCCUCAGACCUAAGAGACUACAUCGACUGCUACCUGAAUGAGAUUCAGAUGAGUAAGGGGCAGGCUUACAAUACGUUUGAUGAAGAAAACCUGGUUAUGUGUGUCUUGGAUCUGUUUGUGGCUGGCUCUGAGACCACAUCCACCACCCUGCGCUGGGCUUUCCUCUACAUGGCAAAGUACCUUGAGAUCCAGGAAAAAGUCCAGGCUGAGAUAGACAGAGUGAUUGGACAGUCCAGACAGCCGUCCAUGGAAGAUCGUGCAAACCUGCCCUACACUGACGCUGUCAUCCACGAGGUCCAGAGGAUGGGAAACAUAGUUCCUCUCAGCCUGCCUCAUGUUACCAACAGGGACGUCCAGCUGGGAGGCUACACAGUCCCAAAGGGAGUUAUUGUAAUUCCCAAUUUGACCUCGGUGCUGUUUGAUAAGAAUGAGUGGGAGACACCCUUCACCUUCAACCCAGGACACUUUCUAAACGAGGAGGGCCAAUUUGUGAAGCGAGCUGCUUUCAUUCCUUUCUCUGCUGGUAAGCGGGUGUGUCUCGGGGAGAACCUGGCCAGGAUGGAGCUCUUCCUCCUCUUUACCUCCUUCAUGCAGCGCUUCACCUUCUCCAUGCCUCCGGGUGUGGAGCCUGUGCUGAAACCCCGCUUUGGCGUCACUCUGGCACCGCAUGAAUAUGAAGUCUGCGCAACCUCACGCUUAGAGUAUGACGGUGCCCCUCUGCCCAAGUCCAUUGACAUUAAAACCAGCGCACCAUCGGAAUCACUGCAGAGUAUUAAGUGGCUCCAGAAGCAGCAGGUUGUGAGGAUGGAUCAACUCUCUGGUGUGUCUGUUUCCUCUGUGUGGCUGGACGGCCGCAGUCUGCUCCUCUUCACUCUGGUAUUCUUGGUGAUAGCAGAGUAUUUAAGGAACCGUCGGCCCAGCAGUUUUCCUCCAGGCCCCUGGGCUUUCCCUCUAGUGGGGAACAUUUUCUCAAUUGACUUCAACAAUGUCCAUGGAGACAUGACUAAGUUAGCAGAGAAGUAUGGGAAUGUGUACAGUCUGAAAAUGGGCCCCUCGUGGAUGGUUGUGUUGAAUGGCCUCAGCGCACUGCAAGAAGGUCUCCUUACCAAAGGAGACAUGCUGGCUGACCGCCCAGAACUUCCACUCCAUACUGACGUGCUCCCCAAACAAGGGAUUAUUUUUGCUAGUGGACACAUGUGGAAACAGCAGAGGCAAUUUGCCCUCUUCACUCUCAAAUACUUUGGAUUUGGCAAGAAAUCCCUUGAAUCUUCCAUUCUGGAUGAAUUUAUUCUUAUGUCCAAAGAAAUCGCUAAUCAUAAAGGCAAACCCUUCAAUCCACAUUUAAUCAUGAAUAACGGCGUCUCCAACAUCAUCUGCUCCCUGAUUUUUGGUCAUCGCUUUGAGUACGGUGAUGAGACGUUUCUGAAAUUGAUUAAGUUGCUUGACAAAGCAACCAGGAUUGAAGGCUCCAUUUGGGCACAGCUGUACAACGCAUUUCCUGUGCUGAUGAGGCGUUUGCCAGGGCCACACCGCACUCUUCAACAAAUUUAUGGUGAAACAAUUGACUUGAUGAAAACAGAAAUCAAUAAGCACAAGGAAGACUGGGACCCCUCUGAGCCCAGAGACUUCAUCGACUGUUACCUGAAUGAGAUUCAGAAGGACAAGAAGGGUGAUGAAGCCGAUGCUGGUUUUGAUGAGGACAACCUGGUAAUGUGUUCGUUUGAUCUGUUUGGGGCUGGCACUGAAACCACAUCCACCACCCUGCGCUGGGCUUUGCUCUACAUGGCAAAGUACACCGAGAUUCAGGAAAAAGUCCAGGCUGAGAUAGACAGAGUGAUUGGACAGUCCAGACAGCCGUCCAUGGAAGAUCGUGCAAACCUGCCCUACACUGACGCUGUCAUCCACGAGGUCCAGAGGAUGGGAAACAUAGUUCCUCUCAGCCUGCCUCAUGUUACCAACAGGGACGUCCAGCUGGGAGGCUACACAGUCCCAAAGGGAGUUAUUGUAAUUCCCAAUUUGACCUCGGUGCUGUUUGACAAGAAUGAGUGGGAGACACCCUUCACCUUCAACCCAGGACACUUUCUAAACGAGGAGGGCAAAUUUGUGAAGCGAGCUGCUUUCAUUCCUUUCUCUGCUGGCAAUCAAGUAAGCGGGUGUGUCUCGGGAAGAACCUGGCCAGGAUGGAGCUCUUCCUCCUCUUCACCUCCUUCAUGCAGCGCUUCACCUUCUCCAUGCCUCCGGGUGUGGAGCCUGUGCUGAAACCCCGCAUUGGCGUCACCCUUUCACCCAAGCACUAUGAAAUCUGUGCCACCUUACGUGAAGCGUGAUCCUCCUCCUCAAGCUUUCAUACAUUUUCCAGAUGGCCACUUGGGGACAGAAGAAGUCGACAUUAACCUGACAGACACACAAUCUGACACCUUAUCAUCUUAAAAAAGUUGUUAUGGCUAAUAUUUUAGCUAACUGUUGCCUUUUUACAGUGCACCUCCAGCAGACAUGGAGCAAUAUAUUUGGAGUCAUGUUUUCUUAGCUUGACUUUCUUCACAAGAUAGUUGCUAAGUUAAUUAUUAUGACUGUUGCCAUUAGGUGCUAGGCAGGUUAAACAAUGAGCUAAAUUAGGCUGCAUAGAGGUGCAGAGUUAGGUGAUCAUUCAUUGUGGAUUUGUCACUGUGAGCAGCUUUUGUCAAAUUAUGUUGCUAUUUGAUUCAUCAUUAUUCUAAAAAUAAUUAUUAGUGGAGCUUUAAAGUAAUAACAAAAAGGAAUUAAGUUUUGGCUUACUGUAUUGAUAGAGAUACCUGGAGGGAUGGGCUGAUAGGUCUGUAUGUAGAUAUGGUCUGUCCAUUUUUAUUAACAGUGUUUUUCACUUUAACAGUAAUUUAGUUGUGAAUAACAUGUUCAUCUGUAAAUCCCUGAAGGAGGUUUGCCAACAUCUGAAUCAAAGUAUGACAUCUAGAGGCCUUUAACCUGUUUAUACAUUAAAGUUUGACAAGAAUGCAUUAUAAACCUCAUGAACCUCUGCGUGCUGGAUAAGAGGGCAGAUAUCAGAAUAUGAGAUAUAAGAAUAUGAUAUACAGUCAUGCACUGCAGUUCUGUCAGUUCAAACUGAAUUUAAUAAACAAAAGUAGAACUGCCA